AUGGAGGGAAAUGCACACCUCCUGCAGGUCAUCUGCAAGAUGCGUUCCCAAAUCAACAAGCUGGAGAGGGAAAACAGGGCCCUGAGGGGAGAGCUGCAGGUCUGUGGGCAGAGAGCUGUGGCACCGGAGACAGAGGCAGCAGGAGGAGGUGGGAACGGCAACGUGAGGAGUCUCACCGAUGAUGAUGGGGAAGGACCAGGUGGCUCUCCAGCAUCCCUGCAUGAAAACGUCGUGGCUGGUCCUGCUCCAGCACCAAAGGAGCAGAGAGAUACCACCAUGACCGUGCGGCGCUACUCUGCUGCCCCACUAGCACCUGCUCCUGCCAGCACAAGGUCUCACUGGGUCAGCAAGACACCUCCAAACAGUGGUCUCUCGGAUGUGCCACCAGCCCCUCCUGCUGCAGCACAGCUCUCCAGGGGAGAGGAGAAAGGGCUUGAAAAGACAGCAGCAAACUGUCUCUCCUACAGUCAUUCCAGCAAAAUGAAGCUGUGUCAGGAGCACAUCUAUAAGUGCAGAGGAAAAAUCAAGGCUGUUACUUUCCUCUUACCAAUGGAUAUGUCAUCAUAUGCUGAAAAGCAAGAUGCCCUCAAAAGCCCACAAAAUCAGAACACGAAACAGUUAACCACCAUCGCUGAAAAGGAUAUGUAA